AUGUGGCGAUUGUGGCCACUGGUGAUGCGGCUCGCCGCCGUAUCACUGGUGGCACUUGUCCUUGCCGAUUCUGGCACUGGCGGCGACACAUCCGUUGCGGCACAACUGCCAGCAUACAGCACCACGAUAAGAACCACGGCCAUGACGCGACGGCCAGAGCGCCGCCAGCGGAACCGGCGACGUACCACCACGACAACGACCACCAUGGACCCAGAAGAAGAAGACGACCUGGACUUCACCACACCGAUGACGACAACCACAGUGGAUCCGCGCACAUUCGAUCACACUGACGUGGGAACAUGCGCAGUACCUCUUGGCAUGGAAAGUGGCAUGAUCUCAAAUGAAUCAUUGUCCUCUAGUUCCAGUUAUGACCAAAGCGUAUCACCGCUCAGCUCCAGAAUUCGUACCGAAAUAAGAGGAGGAGCAUGGUGCCCCAAUGGACUUAUAUCACCACGGAGCCGACAAUACUUGGAGAUUGAUCUACAUGGCGAAUAUUUGAUCACUGCAACAGAGUGCCAGGGAAGAUUCGCUAAUUCAGUAGGUGUUGAGUUUGUGGAAAGCUACUCAGUCGAAUAUUGGCGUGAAUCGCUAAAUCGUUGGGUGAAAUAUAAGGACUACAAUGGAAGCAGGCUGAUACCUGGAAACGUAAAUACUUACACAGCCCGAAAAACAACUUUGGAAGCACCAUUCAUAGCAUCAAAAGUUCGUUUUUUUCCGUACGCGGCACAUCCCAGAACCGCGUGCAUGAGAGUUGAGCUCUAUGGAUGUCGUUGGAAACAGGGACUUACGGCAUACUCAGCACCGAAAGGCGGAGACAUGCAGGCGAUGACCGGUGGUGCUAAAUUCGAAGACCUCUCUUAUGACGGGGUGAUGCGCGAUUCAAAACUUAACGAUGGUUUAGGUCAGAUGUCUGAUUCAUUAACUGGGCCCAACGAUUUUGAGUUACCCGACCCAUCCGACACUAGAGGCACACGUUGGGUUGGCUGGAAUAAAUCAAUGGUGAUUGAUGACGAAGUAGUACUUACGUUCAAUUUUACAGACACUAGACUUUUCCACUAUGUAGAUAUCCAUACAAACAACAUGUUCACUAAAGAUGUACAGCUUUUCAAAGAAGCAGAGGUAUACUUCUCACUGGAAGGAGAACGCUGGCAAGAAGAUUAUAUUUCAAAUGAACCAAAACAAGAUCGAGUAUCGGAACACGCGCGAACUAUUCACAUUGAUCUACAGAAUAGAACGGCGAAACAUAUUAUGAUUAAACUGAAGUUCCAGCACGAGUGGAUACUCGUCAGUGAAGUCACCUACAAAUCUGUUCCAACAGUCAUCAAUGCAUCAACUGAGUUUCUAGAGGAGUACUACAGAACUGAUAUACCGCCGUCUUCUAGAAAGAAACGAAACUCAUCGAUGAGAGUAUCCGUAGGACUAGCUUGUGGUGCUUUAGUAGGAGGAGGAGCAUUCAUAGCAGCUACAGCUGUCCUUAUCACCAAGCGCACCCGACGACGUAUACCCAAUAUGCUCAAGAAACCAUUCUGCCCUUCGCUACGACAAGGAAACGCUAAUUCGAGAAAUAAUCGCCGUGCUCCGAGGCUGGCUCUAGCUCUUGCCAACUGCCCCCCAAUUCACAUGCUCAGGCCGGCGGUUGUUGACGAGGAUUACAGGGAGCCGUACAACAUUUGGAGGGAGACCCUAGGGCGCCGUGAUAAGCGUGAUACACACGAUCAAAAUGAAUAUAACGAGAUCUGUGAAGACCCAGAAUUUCCACGGCCAUACAUGAUGAAGCGACCUGACCCACACGAGAGUUUUUACGCUGCUACCGAUAUUAUACAUCACACUUAUCCCGACGAACGAACAUGCCGUCGUGAGCGGCCCAUGCCUGGUCUGUUCACCUCAAUCAAACUUCCCGAAGCCGAGCCCCCAAACGGAGUGGCGCCCCUGCUGGAUUUCCCGCGGGGGCGCAUGCGACCAGUCACCUUCCUUGGAGAAGGCCCUCAUGGGACCCUCCAGAUCUGCGAGACGGACGGCAUCGAAGAACUGAGCGACGAAGAGUCUCCGAGUGGCGACCAACGCCGUCUUGUUGUUGUGAAGACUCUGUGGCGCGGCUGCCAUAGCGAAGUCAAAGCGGCGUUUGCCCGCGAGGCUACAUGGGGCGCUGGCCUGAAACACCCUCAACUCGCCAGGGUUUUAGGGCUGAGCCUGUUAGAGCCCCCAUGCGCUGCUCUAGACCGCGGAGAUGCCGUUCCCCUGCCAUCGAUAUUGAAACUGGACAGGAAAUUGAAUUAUUCGAGUUUGAUUCACAUAUGCUGUCAGAUAGCAGCCGGCAUGAAGUAUCUGGAAUCGUUCGAGUUAGUACACAGGGAUCUCGCGGCCCGAAAUAUUACGGUGAGCGAAGAUCUAAAUGUUAAAGUAUCUGACUAUGCGAUGUUCUGUGAAGAAUUUGUCGGUGACUACCACGUAAUGGCUGACGGGUCGAGACUGCCACUCCGCUGGAUGGCAUGGGAGAGCUUGCUAAUGGGCAUUAAUUCACCAGCUAGUGACGUAUGGUCUUUUGGCGUGACCGUAUGGGAGGUAUUAACUUAUUGCAUGUCCAAACCAUUUGAAGAAAUGAAUGAUGAUCAGGUCGUCGCAAACGCAAGUGAAUGGCGUUGCGGAGGGCGAAGUGCCAGAGUUCCAGCAGCGCCCCCACCACGCUGCCGUCGGGAACUGUACGACCUGAUGCACGAGUGCUGGAGACGAGAACCUAUGCAGCGACCUCGUUUCCACGACUUACAUCGAUUCUUGGAACGUAUGACACAUGGCUAUAAGCCACCGAAACGUUAAAUAUUGAUCGUAUCGACUAUUUCCAACUAAGUGAUGCUGCCAGCACGCAACAAACAGCCAAAUAUUCAGACCAUAUUCGUUUCAUUAUUGUAGACUAGAACAAAGGCAUGUGGUUACGCCGACGCGUAGCAAUUGUGUUUCUUAUUUUCCCGCAGGAAUUUUUAUAAGUCUUUCAUUCGUGGAUCCUAUAUUACAUGAGGAUUCAUACGGUAAAAUAUUAUGUUUCUAGAUUCAUCACUUCGUGCUGUACAUUGAUAUAAUCGGUCGGUUGGUUGUUUUUCAUAGGUAUAUAUUAUAUAAAUAAUAAUAAACGCCUAACUAGCUUAUGAUAUACAUGUAUGAAUGACCAAAACUACUACUAAAUGUCUUACUAUUUUUAGGCUCAUCGACUAUGUAAAUUAAAUUUUAAAAUA